GACCUGCAGUUAAGCGAGAGGCGGCGGGACAACGACGCCCACACAAAGAGUGUCUAAACAGGUCUGUAACAUUUUUUCAUCUUGGAUUAAAGUAGAAGUGAAAAUGCAACAGGCGAGCGAUUCGGGCAACACGUAUGGGGAACCCACUCGAUUUGAGCACGUCAUUGACAGAGUAGGUGGAUUUGGGCGUCGACAAUUUGCAAUCUUUAUGCUGAUUAACUUUGGAGAUUUUAUCACGUCAACAACGAUCAUGGGACCCGUGUUCUUCGGAGCGACGCCACGAUGGACGUGUCCUGCAUCAAAUUGGACAAAUGAAACCACGCAUGUCCUACUUCCAGAUUCCAGCACACAAUCGUUAAUUAUGUAUUCCUUCAAUGAAACAGCUUUUGGUGACGCGAAGGAAAUGCUCCAGCACGACUCGUGCACAGAUAACAAUGAAGUGUGUUCUGGCUUACAGUACGUUUCAGACUUCACUUCUAUUGUGUCUGAGUGGGAUUUGAUAUGUGGUCAGAAGUUUGUUAGUUCUAUCAUCACAACGCUUCAGAUGGCAGGACUUCUCGUAGGAGCAUUUGUGAUCAGCCAACUCGCAGAUUCCUUUGGUCGCAAACCUGUUUGGUAUGCAGCUGUCACACUGAGUGGGAUUAUUAGCUUCUCUAGCACAUUCUCUCCGGGUUGGCAGGUGUUUGGAGCCAUGAGGUUCUUCACUGCUAUGUGCAGCGGCGGAUUGAUUAUUGUGAACUUCGUAUGGGCUUUGGAGUUUUGUGGAACAAAAUGGCGUACAUUAAAUGGCGCCAUUGGUCUCUGGGUUGUUGGGGUGCUGCUCCUUACCCUGUUAGCCUAUACCAUCAGGGACUGGAAAAUUAUCAUGUACAUCACGUCACUUACUCCUUCUUUGAUCUCGUGGUCGUUCUUUAGGUUCCUGCCUGAAAGUCCACGAUGGCUAGCAAUGAAGGGCCGACUUGAAGAAGCUAAAUGCAUACUUGACGCAAUCGCAAAGAAUAACAAGAAGGAGCCAGUGGAAAUGUCACAAAUACAGAAAGCGGUCGAGGAAGAGAAGCAACAAGCCGCCGAGGAGAGGCAAUAUAGUUUUUGGGAUUUGUUUCGAACACCACAGCUGAGUCGUUAUAACGUGGUUCUAAUGUUCAUUUGGUUUGUGCAGUCUUCCACAUAUUACGGACUGUCUUUGAACGUAAACAAUAUGCCUGGCAACGUUUAUACCAACACAGCGCUGCUUGCGGUGGUGGAUCUACCGGUAGCACUUUCAACACUCUAUUUAAAUAAUAGGGUAGGGCGACGUAUUACCUACUUUGGUUUUAUGCUCGUGGGAGGAUGUGCUAUUUUUUCUGUGAUGUUCAUCGCAAUUUCAGGCCAAAAAGAAAGCCUGAGCACGCUGGUCACAGUACUGGCUUUGGUAGGCAAGGCGGGGGUGGCGGCAUCGUGGAUCGCUAGUUCGCUUUAUGCAGCAGAACUCGCACCCACCGUGAUAAGGAACAUAGCAUUCGGUACGGUAUCGAUAGCCGGGCGAAUAGGUGGAAUCGUAGCUCCACAGUUUCAAUUACUGAAUUCGAUUUCUAUGGAGCUGCCGUACAUUGUAUUUGGUGGUUUGUGCCUGGCGAUGGCCUUCCUUGGCCUGCUCACUCUACCAGAAACAAGGAAUAGACCUCUGCCGGACGCGUUACCGGAAUGGUCAUGUUGCGGAAGAGGGGAAGGGCACGUGGAGCUGGCACAAAUUGGAGAAGCCACAAAAGAUGGCGAUCAAUUAAAUUUGCAGAUAUCGUAAUGCUGAUGUGAGGACAAGAAAUA